CUAUACUCCCAGGAUUUGAGUUUCUCUCCAGCUAGAGCUGCUUCUCCACAGGUUAGAGCCAACCCAGAUGGUGAUAAUAGUCAGUACUUGGCAGAGCUGUUGGCAGAACAUCAGAAACUUGAACCUUUUAUCCAGGUGGUUCCUUUAUGUAGCCGGCUUUUGAAUCAAGAGAUUCUAAGAGUUUCUGGCGUGAACCAAGAGUUGAGUGACUAUGAAAGACUGCAACGUGGAAGCCCUAGUCCAAUGGCGUCUUCAGAGCUGUUGCCAAAUCUUGGAGGAACAGGUUUAGGUGGCUGGAGUGGCCUUCCAUUUGAGAAAUUUAGUGGACCUGAAGGGAGAAUGGACUGGCAAGCAGCACAAGGAAGCCCAAGUUCCUUCAUCGUGAAGAGGGUAUUGCGCUUGGACAUACCAGUAGACAGCUAUCCAAAUUUCAACUUUGUAGGGCGGCUUCUAGGACCUCGGGGCAAUUCGUUAAAGCGGGUGGAAGCUUCAACAGGUUGCCGUGUAUUCAUUAGAGGAAAAGGCUCAAUAAGAGACCUUGACAAGGAGGAGACUUUAAGAGGAAGACCAGGGUAUGAGCAUCUGAAUGAUCCACUACACAUUCUAAUUGAGGCUGAAUUACCUGUCAACAUUGUAGAUGCUCAGUUGAGACAGGCGCGAGAAAUUAUUGAAGAAGUGCUCAAACCAGUGGACGAGUCACAGGAUUUCUACAAAAUGCAGCAGUUAAGAGAACUUGCACUGCUUAAUUCCAAUACUAGGGAAGAGAGCCCCCGGCCAUGUGGAAGUGCCUCCCCUUUCAAUUCUGUUGGGAUAAAGCGAACAAAGACCGGUUGG